AUGUUUCGACAUGGCAUGCGAAUCGCUGCCAGUGGCGGCGCGCGGCGGGCUUGGUUGCCGCCGACGACCGGUCGGUGCUUCGCGUCAGCCAGCAAGACGGCUUUCCAGUGGGAAGACCCUUUAGCUUCGAGGAACCUCCUGACCGAGGAGGAGCUUGCCAUUGCCGAGACGGCCGAGCGGUAUUGCCAAGAGCGGCUGCUGCCCAGGGUUCUACAGGCGUACCGUGACGAGCACUACGACGCCAAGAUGCUUGAGGAGAUGGGGGAGUUGGGCCUCCUCGGCGCCAACAUCCAGGGCCACGGCUGCGCGGGCGUGUCGUCAGUCGCCGGCGGCCUCAUCACCCGUGCCGUCGAGCGUGUCGACAGUGGCUACCGAUCCGGCAUGUCGGUGCAGUCCUCGCUCGUCAUGGGCGGCAUCGACGAGUUUGGCACUGAAGAGCAGAAGCAAAAGUUCCUCCCAGACAUGGCAAGGGGCAAGCUCCUCGGGGCGUUUGGCCUGACGGAGCCCAACCACGGCAGCGACCCGGGCAGCAUGGAGAGCGUCGCCCGGCCGCACCCAAACAAGACGGGGUACUAUUCGCUCAGCGGCGCCAAGACGUGGAUCACCAACAGCCCCAUCGCCGACGUGCUGCUGGUCUGGGCCAAGCUGCAGGACACGGGCAAGAUCAGGGGCUUCCUGGUGGAGCGCAAGGACUGUCCGCCGGGCACACUAGAGACACCGGCCAUCAAGGACAAAAACGGGCUGCGGGCGUCCAUCACGGGCAUGAUCCAGAUGGACGGGUGCCCGGUGCCCGAGGCCAACAUGUUCCCCGACGUUGAGGGCCUCCGGGGCCCGUUUAGCUGCCUCAACAACGCGCGCUACGGCAUCUCGCUGGGCGUGGUGGGCGCGCUCGAGGACUGCAUCGCACGGGCGCGGACGUAUGCGCUGGAGCGCAAACAGUUCAAGGGCAACCCGCUGGCCAAGUACCAGCUCGUGCAGAAGAAGCUGGCCGACGCGGCGACGGACGCGGCGUACGGGACGCUGGCAGCGAUCCAGGUGGGCCGGCUCAAGGACGAGGGCCGGGCGGCGCCCGAGAUGAUCAGCAUGGUCAAGCGGCAGAAUUGCGACGCGGCGCUGCGCAACGCGCGGGUGCUGCAGGAGGUUUUUGGCGGCAACGCUGUGAGCGACGAGUAUGCCAUCGGACGACACGUGGCGAACCUGUUUGUCACGCAGACGUACGAGGGCCAGAGCGAUAUUCACAGUCUGAUUCUGGGCCGGGCCAUUACGGGCAUCCAGGCGUUUGUGUAG